AAAAUCCGUUCUUUACUUUCUGCAUUUCCCUUCCUUUCCUCUCCCGCCAUGCCAUUUCUUCAAUCGAACUCGCUUCCGCUCGCUCUCGGCCCUCUUCCAAUUCGAACCCAUCUCAACAUUCCCAAUCCUUGUCGCUUACGGAUUUACCAAGCGCCGCGAAUACUCUGCGCCGCCACGAGGAAGCGGACUGGGAAGCAGCGGUACCCUUCCGAGAAGAAGAAGCUGAAGCAGAAGCACAAAGACACUCUCCGCGAAGUUGAGAACAAGUUUGAGGGUAUCUGGCGGCUUUCGAAGCUCGCCGUCCCUGUUCAGGACGAUCCCGGGAAGGACUUCACUGGUGUCUCCGAUGGGUUGCUUCGAGAAAUUGCUAAAGCCAUCAAAUUCCCGGUCGCUUCAAUGCUGCCUGCAGAAGCGUUUUCAGUUAUUAGGAAGUCGUUUGAUGCAAGGAAGAUUCUUAAAGAGCCGAAGUUUGUUUACACAGUUGACAUGGAUGUCAGUAAGCUUGUCGAUUUAGAGCCUCGUACUCAAGAUUUCAUAUCCGACUUAACCUUGAGAGUUGGACUUAUAGAUCAUAUCACUCAAGGACGAGUGACGGGCGACCUGAUUAGUAUAAUAAGGCAUGCUAGAAAAGGAGAGGAGGUACAGGCAUCUUCUGGAAGUGGAGAUCAUGAUAAUGGUUCCAGUAAUGGAUCUUCGGGGUUGGUCAAGUGUGGAAGUCGAAAAGACAGGCCGAGAAUUGCAGUUGUUGGUGGCGGUCCUUCUGGCUUGUUUGCUUCUCUUGUUCUUGCUGAGCUUGGUGCAGAUGUUACCUUAAUGGAAAGAGGUCAGCCCGUUGAGCAAAGGGGUCGUGACAUUGGUGCUUUGGUCGUUCGCAGGAUCUUGGAAUCUGAAAGCAACUUUUGCUUUGGCGAGGGUGGCGCAGGUACUUGGAGUGAUGGGAAGCUAGUGACGAGAAUUGGAAGGAACAGCGAUAGUGUCUUAGCUGCUAUGAAAACUCUGGUUCACUUUGGGGCUCCUAAUAACAUAUUAGUCGACGGGAAGCCCCAUUUAGGAACUGAUCGGCUUGUUCCAUUGCUCCGACACUUUAGGCAACAUCUGCUUGAGCUUGGAGUUUCUGUCAGGUUUGGAACUAGGGUAGAUGAUCUAAUAGUAGAGAACAAUUGUGUCGUGGGAGUUGAACUUUCUGAUUCUCGAAACCAGUUGCCACCAGAGAGAUUUAGAUGCGAUGCAGUGGUUCUUGCUGUGGGACAUUCUGCGAGGGAUAUCUACCAGAUGCUUCUUUCUCAUAAUGUUGAUCUAGUUCCCAAAGAUUUUGCAUAACCAGCUUGGUUAAACAGGUUGGUUUUCGGAUUGAGCAUCCUCAAGUGCUAAUCAACAACAUACAGUAUUCUAGCUUGGCCACUGAGGUUCAAAGUGGACGUGGCAAAGUACCUGUUGCUGAUUACAAGGUUGCAGGAGUUGUCAGCACAGAGAAUGGCGACAUUUCCUCAAAUUCAGUACCCUCGGAGCGCAGCUGCUAUUCGUUCUGCAUGUGCCCUGGUGGACAGGUGGUUCUUACCAGCACAAAUCCUAAGGAACUCUGCAUCAAUGGUAUGUCAUUUUCUCGUCGUGCUUCUAAGUGGGCAAAUGCUGCACUUGUCGUUAAUGUUUCGAAACAAGAUUUCGAGACCUUGAGCUUUCAUGGACCCCUUGCAGGAGUUGAGUUUCAGAGGGAAUUUGAGCGAAGAGCGGCUUUAAUGGGAGAGCAAGACUUUGUGGUGCCUGUGCAGAGAGUUACCGACUUUCUGGACAACAAGUUAUCUGGAACAUCUUUACCAUCAUCAAGUUAUCGGUUAGGAGUCAAGGAAGCCAAUCUCCAUGAGUUGUUUCCUUCUCAUAUUACACAAGCAUUGAAGCGUUCGAUCUCAAUGUUCAACCAAGAGUUACCAGGAUUCAUUUCGGAGGAAGCCCUUCUCCAUGGUGUAGAGACAAGAACCAGCUCUCCAGUACAGAUCCCUCGUGGGGACGUGUCCUACGAGAGCCUAUCAUUAAAAGGGCUAUACCCUGUUGGUGAAGGAGCGGGGUAUGCAGGUGGAAUCGUAAGUGCAGCAGUUGACGGAAUGCAGGCUGGAUUUGCAGUGGCAAAGAACUUUUGUUUGUUCCCUGAAGACAUGGACUUGGUCUUGGGCAAAGCCGAACGAGCCGGGUUUGUAAAGUACUGAAAAGCCAGCCUGGAUUAACCGGAAACUUUAUACAUAGCUCAGGGCAAAUCGAAGAGGCAUCGAAUUCUUACCUCCAAUCUGGUAGCUCACUAUGCAUUAAUACUGCCUGUUUAGAUCCAGACCAUGGCUGGAAAGACCACAACUUUGCCUUUUCAUCCCACCUUUUUUUCUCAAAGACUUGCAGAGAAUUCAGGAUCCUUUCCAUGGCUGCUUUAACAAAUCCCUUAUCUCCACUGAGGAAUCACCCCAGCUAUGCCAUGGAAUCGGUGAAAGACCAGAUCAACCAAAAUUUUGCUGGCAGCCUAGCUUUUCUUGGUCACUUUGUUGCCUGAGUAAUUAGAGUCUGUAAGAAGAGACCUUGAGGGUUUCAUCUUUCUCCACACUAUUCGUGUCUGAAUAUCUGUACCGUGACACAUGCGAAUCAUGACGAUUUCUAAGCAUAGCCUUAGAGAAAUGCCUCCUAUGAUCCAACAGGCAAGGUUCAAAUGUCACCCUUGAGAGCAGAAUGUUGCAGUUUGAAUCCAGUACAAGGGAAGUGCAGGUGUAAUGUUUCCAGACAAAUGCAGAAAUAAUUGAACAUGUCUUAUAGUGAUAGAAAUUUCUCUUUUUUCUCUCUUCUUUUUUCCUGCCUCAGAUCCAUAAGUAACAAUUAUUGAAAUGUUGCAUGAAAUAUAUAUUGAAUUUUUUUCUAA